AUGACGGCUCGUACGCGCAAACAUACGAUCGUCAUCAGCUGGGCUCCUGCUGCAGGCCCUGGUUCAGGCCCCCGGCAGGUCGGGUCAGAGGCCGCCUGGCUCAGCUACUUCUGGGCUGAGCUGGACCUGGCAACAAAGGGUAUUGUCCCUGUCUCCUGCAUGGACCCCCCCUGGAGGACCCCCCUGGAGGACCUCUGCCUUCCCCAGCAGGCCUCUAGCUUCUGUCGUGAUCCUUAA